AUGCGACGUAGUACUACCCCCGCGGGCUCGAUCUAUCCGAUUGUGUCGACGUUAAGCGGUAAAUCCUUUAAGAUUGCCGACCCCCCUGUCUAUUACGUUAAUAAGACGAAGGAUACGGUUGCUUUCGAAGUUUGGUAUCGUUUCGUAGUUAAUAAGUUGAAGGUUAAUAACGAUUAUUUUGCUGACGAUGAGGCUAAAUAA